AUGGAAUAUACUCCCCAAUAUCAACAGGCCCAUGGCCAACACCCCCAUGCUCCCUCCCAUAUCGCCGGCCCCUAUCAGACUGCGCCGCAAAACGCUGGACCACCCGUGGGGUCAAUGACCUCUCCCACCAAUCCCCAAGCUCACAUGCAGCAAGCCCAUCCGACGCAUCAAGCUUCCCCCAUCGUGCCGUCGCAGUCGCACUACCAGCAACCCCAGAAUGCCCCCGGUGCAGUCCAUCAGCAGAUGAACUUCCCUCAGUCGUACGGCGUGACGCCCGGGAUGCCUCAGACAUAUGGCAUUUCGCCGACGCAGGCGGCGGCCAUGGCCACCGCGGCCGCCUCGGGCCAGUUCUACCCGAUCCACCAGGAUUCGAUGGCCGGACAGAUGUCGCAGGGGCCGCGGGGAUCGCCGCGGAUGGCGGGACAAGUCAAGACGGAUCGGAACCCUCGAUCGCCCCCUCAGAUGCCCGGUCAGAUCCCUUCCAUGGGCUCUCAGGUUCAAAUGCCGCCCAAUGCCCAGAUGCAACAGCGUCGCAUGAGCCAUGUCGGUAGCCCCCAUAUCCAGAACGCGCAGCCAGGCAUGAAUCACGUCGGUCGCCCUUCCGUCCCGCCCCCGAUGGCGCCGCCUCCGCAGCCGGUGCAGCAGAGUCAACCAUCCCCGGAGAUGGUGACCGGUCCGGAGCAAGAGUCGCCUCUCUACGUCAAUGCGAAGCAGUUCCAUCGCAUCCUGAAGCGACGUGUCGCGCGACAGAGGCUGGAAGAGCAAUUGCGGCUCACCUCCAAGGGCCGCAAGCCGUACCUGCAUGAGUCGCGUCACAACCAUGCCAUGCGGCGACCCCGAGGUCCGGGAGGUCGCUUCUUGACUGCCGAUGAAGUCGCCGCCAUGGAGAAGAAGCAGGCCGCGGAGGCGGGCGGUGCGGGACAAGACAGCGCCGACUCGAAGCCGGCCGGCGAGAUUUCCCCCACCGCCCAGAAGCGCAAGUCCAGCGAUGUCAAUGAUGAGAAUGCUAAUUCCGCCAAGAAGACGAAGACGAGUGGCGUGAAAACCAGCAGUGCCGAGGAAAGUGAAUCGGCGGAGCCCUCGGACGAAGAGGGUUGA